AGCUGACUAAAUACUUUUUUGCCCCACUGUACAUCUAACGCAGUGGUUCUUAACCUUGAAACCCCACCAGUUUCAUAUGCGCAUUCACCGAACCCUUCUUUAGUGAAAAAAAUAAAAUUCAAAUUCAAGGCAAACUUAUGUUUUUUUACUGGUGCACAAAAUGAACCGUGCAUGAACAUCACCUUGUUCAAAGAACAAAACCAACACUGUCCAUGAACUCACAACAAAUUACACACCUGCAAAUCAGUCUGACUUCUGCUGUUGCCGUAUCCAUAAUACGGCAAUAGGGAGAAGUUUUUAUUUGCACGAUGAGUCGGGUGUGUCUUGACACUCCGCCGAACCCCUGAGGCAGAUUCACCGAAACCCCUAGGGUUCGAUCGAACCCAGGUUAAGAACCACUGGUCUAACGUCAGCAGACAAAAUGAGUUUUUGUAACUUGCGACCUGUUUUGUAUUGUAUUAUAAUCGGUUGGGGACGUCUCUGCGCUGCUGACCUGUCUCCGCUCGGGAUGGUCUCCUGCUGGCCCCACUAUGGACUGGACUCUCACUAUUAUGUUUGAUACACCAUAGACUUGCGGCUGCAAGGCUUUUGACAAAAACAAGAAAGUUUGAUCAUGUUACGCCUAUACUGGCUCACUUGCACUGGCUUCCUGUGCACUUAAGAUGCGACUUUAAGGUUUUACUACUUACGUAUAAAAUACUACACGGUUUAGCUCCAGCCUAUCUCGCCGAUUGUAUUGUACCAUAUGUCCCGACAAGAAAUCUGCGUUCAAAGAACUCCGGCUUAUUAGUGAUUCCCAGAGCCAAAAAAAAGUCUGCGGGCUAUAGAGCGUUUUCUAUUCGGGCUCCAGUACUCUGGAAUGCCCUCCCGGUAACAGUUAAAAAUGCUACCUCAGUAGAAGCAUUUAAGUCCCAUCUUAAAACUCAUUUGUGUAAUCUAGCCUUUAAAUAGACCCCCCUUUUUUAGACCAGUUGAUCUGCCGUUUCUUUUCUUCUCUCCUCUUCUCCCCUGUCCCUUGCGAGGGGGAGUUGCAUAGGUCCGGUGGCCAUGGAUGAAGUGCUGGCUGUCCAGAGUCGGGACCCCGGGUGGACCACUAGCCUGUGCAUCGGUUGGGGACAUCUCUGCGCUGCUGACCCGUCUCCGCUCGGGAUGGUUUCCUGUUGGCCCCGCUGUGGACUGGACUCCCGCUGAUGUGUUGGAUCCACUGUGGACUGGACUUUCACAAUGUUAUGUCAGACCCACACGACAUCCAUUGCUUUCGGUCUCCCCUAGAGGGGGGGGGGGGUUACCCACAUAUGCGGUCCUCUCCAAGGUUUCUCAUAGUCAUUCACCGACGUCCCACUGGGUGUGUUCAUGGAAACCUGGAAGACCCCAAGACACUGACCCACCAUAAACUCAUACAUGUUGCUACAGAGCGAGUGCUCAGCGACAUAAAAACGGUUGCAGAUGAAAGUCUCAAGGACAAAGAUGUUCUGCUGCUUAUCAAGAAAAGGCCGCCGCCCACGCCGCCCAAAAUGGCGGAAGUGAGCGCGGAUGAAAAGAAGAAACAAGACAACAAGGCACCGGACAAGGACGCCAUCCUGAAGGCCACCGCCAACCUCAGCACUCGCCACUCGGACCGCACUGUGACACAGCACAACAUCAGAGACUUUCAGACAGAGCUCAGAAAAAUCCUGGUGUCGCUCAUAGAAGUUGCUCAGAAGCUUCUGGCCCUCAACCCCGAUGCUGUGGAGCUUUUCAAAAAGGCCAACGACAUGCUAGACGAGGACGAGGAGGAUCGCGUGGACGACACGGCCCUCCAGCAGCUCACUGAGAUGGGUUUCCCCGAGAGCAGAGCCGUCAAAGCCCUCCGACUAAACCACAUGUCCGUGACACAAGCCAUGGAAUGGCUGAUCGAGCACAUGGACGACCCCUCGGUGGACACGCCGCUGCCCGGUCAGGACCUCUCUGCCGCAGCAGCAGCCGGAGCCUCGGCCGCCGCCAACGCCGCUGCCUCGCCGGGCCCCUCGUCCUCCAUCGCAUCCAGAAGCUCCUCCUCCUCCUCGCGCCGCCGCAGCUUGUCCUCCACGGACGAGAGCAGCCGACAGGACGAACUCACAGAAAUCUUCAAGAGGAUUCGCAGGAAAAGAGAGUUCAGGCCGGACUCCAGGGCAGUUUAUGCGCUCAUGGAGAUGGGCUUUGAGGAAAAGCAGGUGAUUGACGCGCUGAAGGUCAACAACAACCAGCAGGACGCAGCGUGUGAGUGGCUGCUGGGAGACAAGAAGCCGUCCCCAGAGGACCUGGACAAAGGCAUUGACACCAACAGUCCGCUGUUCCAGGCCAUCCUGGAGAACCCUGUGGUCCAGCUGGGUUUGACAAACCCCAAGACUCUGCUCGCAUUUGAGGACAUGCUGGAGAACCCCCUCAACAGCACCCAGUGGAUGAACGACCCUGAGACAGGACCCGUCAUGCUCCAGAUAUCAAGAAUCUUCCAGACCCUCAAUCGCACAUAAGGGCGACCCCAACCCCCACCGCAAUCCACCACCACAACCACGAUCCCUUCUCCCCCUUUUGUGUGAAUGUGGCAGCUCUGUGUGUGUGUGUGUGUGUGUGUGUGUGUGUGUGUGUGUGUGUGUGUGUGUGUGUGUGUGUGUGUGUGUGUGUGUGUGUGUGUGUGUGUGUGUGUGUGUGUGUGUGUGUGUGUGUGUGUGUGUGUGUGUGUCUGUGUGUGUGUGUGUGUGUGUGUGUGUGUGUGUGUGUGUGUGUGUGUGUGUGUGUGUGUGUGUGUGUGUGUGUGUGUGAGAGAGAGAGAGUAUAUUGUUGAUACCAGAGAUGUUCUACCUAUACAGUAAAUAUUUAUAAGCGUACAGUAAAGACAAGUAUACGAAGAAAAUGUAACAUGAUUCUUAUUAUUAUUAUUAUUAUUAUUAUUAUGACUGCAGCAGCGAUACAAAGUUGCAUUUGCAAGGUAGUUUUUUUUCAUUUUAGUUUAAAGAACAAAUCAAGUUUUAUAUCACUUUGCCACCUUUAAACAAACACCAUCAAUGUUUACACCGCUAGUUGUUUAGUUUUGUUUUUUUGCAUUAUAUCAUCUUUGAAUGUGUUCAUCUUUUGGCAGCAUGUUACUCGCCACUACGCCAACAUUCAGCACAGAUAGUAUUUUUUUUUUUUUUUUUUUUGACAAUCUGGAGCAGGGCGGCAUGGGGGUGUGUUCAUGAAUGUCAGCAUGGAAGGUUUUUUCCCAGCUAUUUUUUAAGUUUAAUAGUAUGAUUAAUUUCCUGGGUUUGACAUUGUUACGGAGCCCCUAAAGCAGGGGUCGGCAACCCGCGGCUCCUUGACCACUCUGAUGCGGCUCAGCUACAUACAUGCCGACCCCCGAUUUACCCAGGAGUUUGAUGGAUCUCAGUGCCUCUCAUAGAUUACUCCCAGGGAAAAAAUUAUCCUAUUUACACUCUAAUUACUAAAUAAAGGGCGUGCCCUAACUGCACUACAGUAAUUGUCCACAAGCAUUUAUAUACAGCAUGCCAGUCCAGCCACAUGUUGCAUGUGGCUGGCUGGCUGCUGACCUAGUACGGAAGAGUUAGUGCUGCAUGGGAUUCUGGGUAUUGGUACCGUCAGUGUAAGAUGUGUGGCUGCUGAGUUAGUACGCCUUGCUGUCGCUUACGUGAACAAGCUUUUUUUGGACAUGUAUCUCGUGCGCAAGAGAAACUAUCUCGUGCGCACGAGAAACUUUCUCUUGUGCACGAGAUAGUUUCUCGUGCGCACGAGAUACAUGUCUAAAAAAAAAUUUUCCCCCAUGUCUUUUUUUUUUUUUUUUAGACAUGUAUCUUGUGCACGAGCUAGUUUCUCGUGCGCACGAGAUACAUGUCUAAGAUUUUUUUUU